AUGGCACAAUCAGCAGAACCCCAAAGCAUCACCGCGUUCCUUUUCCAGCCUCAAAUCCUCCCCUUCUUCCUCAUAGCAGUCCUCUUCACCGCCCUCAAAAUCAUCGACAAAACCGACGUCCCCAAAAUCAAAAACCUCCCCGAAGUCCCCGGCAUCCCCAUCUUCGGCAACCUCUUCCAACUCGGCGACAACCACGCCAUCAACGCCCAAAAGCUCGCCCAAAAGCACGGCCCCGUCUUCCAAGUCCGUCUGGGCAACCGCCGGAUCGUCUUCGCGAAUACCUUUGAGAGCGUCAAGAACCUCUGGAUCACGAACCAGUCCGCGCUGAUUUCGAGGCCGACGUUGCAUACGUUUCAUACGGUGGUUAGUUCGAGCGAGGGGUUCACCAUUGGUACGAGUCCUUGGGAUGAGAGCUGCAAGGCACGGCGAAAGGCCGCGGCGACGGCCCUGAAUCGUCCCGCGGUGCAGAGUUAUAUGCCGAUUAUUGAUUAUGAGUCGAAGAAGUCGAUCAAGGAGAUGUUGGAGAAGAGUAAGUAUGGGGAUGUGGAUAUUGAUCCGAAUCCGUACUUCCAACGCUACGCCCUCUCCACCUCCCUCACCCUCAACUACGGCAUCAAAAUCGAAGGUAACGUCGACGACUCGAUGCUGCAAGAAAUCGUGCACGUCGAGCGCGAAAUCUCAAACUUCCGCUCGACCGCCACCAACUGGGCAGACUACAUCCCGCUAAUGCGUCUCUGGCCCGGCAACAACGACAAACCUCUGGAGUACAAGAAACGCCGCGGAGCGUACAUGAACCGUCUCCUCUCCAUGCUCAAAGAACGCAUCGCGAACGGAACCGACAAGCCCUGUAUCAGCGGGAACGUGCUCAAGGAUCCCGAGGCGAAGCUCAACGACGCGGAGGUCAUGUCGAUUGGAUUGACGAUGGUUUCGGCGGGUCUCGAUACCGUGCCCGGAAAUCUCAUCAUGACGGUGGCGUAUCUCUCCUCGCCGCACGGACAGGAGAUCCAGGCGCGGGCGCUGGAGGAGAUCAACAAGAUUUACCCGGAGAAUGAUUCCUGGGAACGCUGCUUGCAUGAGGAGAAGUGCGAGUAUAUCACGGCGCUGGUCAAGGAGACGUUGCGGUACUGGUCUGUGAUUCCCAUUUGUCUGCCACGGAAGAAUAUCAAGGAUAUCAAAUGGGGCGAUGCGACCAUCCCCGCCGGCACAUCCUUCUACAUGAACGCCUACGGCGCGCACUACGACACCUCGCACUUCAAAUCCCCCUUCGAAUUCUCCCCGGACAGAUACCUCACGGACAAAACCCUCGACGACGCCUCCGCGACACGGGGAACACCGCACUACGGCUACGGCGCCGGGUCGCGCAUGUGCAUCGGCUCGCACCUCGCGAACCGCGAACUGUACACGGCGUUCCUGCGAUUGAUCACGGCGUUUGAGAUUGUGCCGCCGAGGCAGAAGCGGGAUGAGCCGAUUCUGGAUUGUAUGGGGUGUAAUAAGUUGCCGAAUGGGUUGACGAUGGAUCCGAAGCCGUUUAAGGUGGGACUGAGGGUGAGGAAUCGGGAGCUGGUGGAUCGGUGGUUGCGGGAGGCGGAGGAGAGGACGAAGGAUCUUUGA